UCUUGAUCUCUCUCAAUACCAUUCUCAUUGACAGCUAGAAUCCCUCUGUCCGAGCCGUCCUUCGAAUCCGCCAAGCAGCCGUCGUCACCUGAUCAAACGCUGUGGAGUGGCCCCGCUCUCUGUCCAUUCACUUUGGAGUUCAACUCGUCACCACGCGUCAUGCUUGUGCGCAACGUCACCUGCUAUCUACCCUUUAUAAACUGUCGGAGUCUCUCCGCUGCUCACAACUAACGAUCAACAACUAACUCACACGACCCAACGACUCUCAUCAUGCCUCUUUUCGGAUCUUCGAACAACAACAACAACAACACUCACAACACUCUCCACCGCAAAGGCAAUAUGGACGCGAGAGACGGGUACAACAACAGCACUGUGCCAGGCUCCGGCCCAGCUGGGACCGGCGAGUACUACGACGACGGGAUGUCUGGCGGUACCGCGUACAACGACGGAAACGCUAGUGCACGGGUCGGCGGCGGACGCCAUCACCACCCGAUGGACGCCGGCGCGCCUGGCGUGGGCGGCCUGCACAACGACCCGAACGCCCCUCCGACAGCGAUGAACAACACCGCAGGCAUGGGCACCACGGGCCGCCCCAGCAAGCACGGCGCGACGACCGGCAAGAUCGAGAAGGCGCUCGGCUCGCUCGUCGGCAGCGAGUCGCUUAAGGCGAAGGGCCUUCAGAAAGAACAGGAAGCCCAUGCGUACAAAGUUCAGAGCGCCGAGCUUUCUGAGGCCGAGCGGCUCGAGGCGGAGGCGCUGGCAAGGCGCGACCGCGCCGUUGCACUAGGCGCUCAUCCUGAUCACCGGCAUCUGGGUGGUGUGGGCGGCACUGCCGCUGGUGGAGCAGGAGUUGGGAACGCUCCCGGCGGUGUUUCAGGCGGUCCCUACGUGUAGGGGGUGCGUGAAGUCUAAUAUCAAUAUCAUCUGUAUCACUUAGUAUAACUGGGAAUGUGUAAAAUAUGUAGCGGAGUGAAGAAUGAGUAAAAUAAGUUGUCACUGAGAAUCUCUCUAACG